GCCUCCGGCGGGGACGCCGGCUCCACGGCGCACGCCCCCUGCCGCGCCCGGACUCCAGAAAGCACCACAGGAAUGGAGUACAUGAGCACUGGGAGUGACCACAAGGAAGACAUUGAUUUAUUAAUUACACAUUUAAACGUGUCGGAUGUAAUAGACAUCAUGGAAAAUCUUUACACAAGUGAAGAGCCAGCGGUCUACGAGCCCGGUCUGAUGACCGUGUGUCAGGACAGCAAUGAAAACCAGGAGCCCUCGGAGUCUCUGCUGCUGAGUGGCCAGGAGGUGCCUUGGCUGUCCUCGGUCAGAUACGGAACUGUGGAGGAUUUGCUGGCUUUUGCAAACCAUAUCUCCAACACUGCCAAGCAUUUCUACAGACGCGGACCCCAGGAAUCUGGAAUUUUAUUAAAUAUGGUAAUCACUCCCCAGAAUGGCCGCUACCAGAUAGACUCCGAUGUUCUCCUCAUCCCUUGGAAGCUGACGUACAGGAACAUUGGCUCUGGUUUCAUCCCUCGUGGGGCCUUUGGAAAAGUGUACUUAGCACAAGACAUGAAGACUAAGAAAAGAAUGGCGUGCAAACUGAUCCCUGUAGAUCAGUUUAAGCCAUCAGAUGUAGAAAUACAAGCGUGCUUCCGGCAUGAGAACAUCGCUGAGCUCUACGGUGCUGUCCUGUGGGGAGACACUGUCCACCUCUUUAUGGAAGCGGGAGAGGGAGGGUCUGUCCUGGAGAAACUGGAGAGCUGUGGACCCAUGAGAGAAUUUGAAAUUAUUUGGGUGACAAAACAUGUUCUGAAGGGACUUGACUUUCUACACUCCAAGAAAGUGAUCCACCAUGAUAUUAAACCCAGCAACAUUGUCUUCAUGUCCACAAAAGCUGUUUUGGUGGAUUUCGGCCUGAGUGUUCAAAUGACUGAAGAUACCUAUUUUCCUAAGGACCUCCGAGGAACAGAGAUUUACAUGAGCCCAGAGGUGAUCCUGUGCCGGGGCCACUCCACCAAAGCAGACAUCUACAGCCUGGGGGCCACGCUCAUCCACAUGCAGACGGGCACCCCGCCCUGGGUGAAGCGCUACCCCCGCUCAGCCUACCCCUCCUACCUGUACAUAAUCCACAAGCAGGCGCCUCCGCUGGAAGACAUUGCUGGGGACUGCAGCCCCGGGAUGAGAGACCUGAUAGAAGCUGCCCUGGAGCGGAACCCAAAGCACCGCCCACGAGCCGCAGACCUGCUCAAACACGAGGCCCUGAACCCCCCCAGGGAGGACCAGCCGCGCUGCCAGAGCCUGGACUCGGCCCUGUUUGAGCGGAAGAGGCUGCUGAGCAGGAAGGAGCUGGAGCUUCCGGAGAACAUCGCUGACUCUUCAUGCACAGGAAGCACUGAGGAAUCUGAGGUGCUCAGGAGACAGCGCUCUCUCUACAUUGACCUGGGUGCCCUCGCCGGCUAUUUCAAUCUUGUUCGGGGCCCCCCAACCCUGGAAUAUGGCUGAGGGGUUCCGCCGCCUACUCUAAGCGAGGAGUGUUGACCUGCUGGAUCUAGCUGGCUCUGCGGCCUCUACACCGUGGCUCUGGAGAGUGAAGCAUGUGCUCUAUCUGGACAGGGAGCGCUCCGACGAAAUAUGGCUGUGACUGCCGGUGGCCCCUCUGUGUGUGAUGUGUGAAGCUGUUCUGGUAUCCGCCAGGUCUCAAGGUUCUCUUUUCCCAGUUGACAGGACUCGGCACCCUGCUGACUGCUGUCAUUCGCUGCGCACUUUGAAAUCUUAAAACUCACAAAAUCACAAAUAUAUGAGUCUGAAAUUACUGUUCUUGGUCCUUAUUUAUAAGCUCUUCAUUAACUCGGAAUAGUUGUUUUGUAUAUAUUAGUGUAUAUUCUGUGAUAACUCUUUGAGCGUUCGUUGGUAGAUCUAGUAUAAAUUGAAUUCAUUACAUUUUGGGUGAAUAGAACAACUUGAAUAUUGUAGCGGUAAGCUUGACUAGUGUCUUAAAAAUGGCUGAUUCAUUAGGAGCCACCUGACAGCAGGCCACUAGUGACAGUUUUUGUUAUGUUCCUAAGGAAACACUUCGUACUGUACACGCUAUGCCUAAAACAUUUAAAACAGUAUGUUUUGAAUGUGAAUAAAACUGUGUAAACCACAUAAUUUCUGUACAUCCCAAAGGAUGAGAAAUGUGACCUUUAAGAUGGAAACCUGUAAAUUCUUGGUGAUGCUACUUUUGUAACUCUUAAAACUAUUUUCCUCAAAGCAUUUGCAUAUUAAGAUAACAUACUGUGUAUGUUUUAUAUCAAAUGCUCUCAUGCGCCUUCCUUCCAUAUAUAUAUAUAUAUUUAAACAUUGUAAAGUAUGUAAAUAUUUCUACUUAAAGUAUGUUUUUACAUUCUGUAAAUGAAACUCAACACUUUUUUCACAUGUGAUUGGUCAGUCAACUGAAUAAACCAGUUAUCUUAAUUGCA